UUAGGCAAAGGAAGAGAGAGAAUAUGUAUUCUAUCUCUCAAUUAGAUAAACCAUUUCUACUUUUCCAUUCCGCAUUGUGAUUUGAUGGUUCGAUCGAACCAUUUGUGACGUAAGCAAAACAUCUUUCACUCUUAAACCCUUUCCCUUCAUUCACCAUUUCUCUGCAAAACCCUAAAAACCCUAUCGGUUCCAAAUUUUCCACUACCAGUAACCGCCAUGGAUGAACAGAACGAAGAAGCACAAGACAAUAAAAAACUAUACGCAGUAUUGAACUUAUCCCCCGAAGCUUCCGAUGAAGAAAUCCGCAAAGCUUAUCGUCAAUGGGCGCAAGUUUAUCAUCCCGAUAAGUACCAAUCUCCUCCUAUGAAACUUAUUGCUACGGAGAAUUUUCAAAAAGUAUGUGAAGCGUAUGAGAUUCUGUCAGAUCCAAAUAAAAGACAAGUUUAUGAUAUCUAUGGCAUGGAAGGUUUGAUUUCUGGUUUGGAACUUGGUCCGAUGUUGAAUAAAGCUGAAGAGAUUAAAGCUGAAUUGGAGAGACUGAAGAGAAGGAGGGAACAGGAAAAGUUGGCGGCACAUUUUCGAUCUUCCGGUACAAUUCUGGCCAAUAUGUCUUUGCCAAACUUUCUUGAUGGCGAUGGCCUAUUCAGAGGAAUGGCAAUGACGAGUGAAAUUCAGUCUCGGAUGUCAAAGCAAACUAUUGCUACGAUUGGUGGCAAUUUAGCAGUUGAUGGACAUGAAGGGGGUGGAGCUGCUUCUGCUGUACUUAGUCAUCAAAUUUCCGAAGUUUCGUCAAUAGAAUUUAUGGCUUCCGCUGGUUUACGCGCACUAUUAGGGGUGCAGACAUCUCGACAUCUGUCAUCACACUCAUCUGCAACAAUGGGAUUAUCAAUGUCUUUGAAAGAUGGUUCAUUGAAUCUUUCUAAUGCAUGGACCCGCCAACUGUCAGAAACAACAAAUGGACAUAUACAACUCAUGUUGGGAUCACAAUCAUCUGUAGCUGUAGGGUGGCAGAAAAAAGAUCAGAGAAGGUCUGCCUCUGGAGAAAUAAAGUUCGGCACAGGUUCUUUUGAGACAGCAGUUCAGUAUACUCAUCGCUUUUCUUCUAAAUCUCAUGGUUGCAUUGCAGGAAGAGUUGGGAGUUCUUCUAUUGAGAUUGAAGUUGGUGGUGGAAGGAAGUUAUCUAAAUUCAGUACUGUGCGCUGGUUGUAUGUUGUAGGAAUUCAGGGUAUUUCCUGGAGAUUUGAACUCUAUCGCGGGGGUCAGAAGUUGGUUAUUCCUAUUUUGCUGACAACGCAUUUGAACCCUGUGUUUGCUACUGGAGCAUUAGUUGUUCCAACAUCUUUUUACUUUAUUCUGAAGAAAUUUUUGAUUAAACCGUAUUACCAUAAAAGGAAUAAGCAGAAGGCUCUAGAGAAGGAGGAGAAAACUUCUGCUCAGGUUCAAGAAGGAAGGGCUGCAGCAGAGAAAGCUCAACAAUUACAACAAAAUGUGGCUAAUAGGAAAAGAAAUAAGCAAUUAGAAACGGGUGGACUGGUUAUUAUGAAAGCGCUAUAUGGAAAUGAUACAAUUUUGAAAAACUUGUAUUCGUCAAGUGGAACCAGUCCUGAAUCUACUUCAGGAGUCAUCGAUGUUACAACUUCUCUGAAUUUUCUAGUUGAUGAUUCUGGUCAUCUAAAGCUUCACGAAGGUGUAAAGAAAUCAGGAAUUAUGGGCUUUUGUGAUCCUUGUCCAGGAGAUUCUAAACUCUUGUAUGUAGAAUAUGCUUAUGCUGGCAAUGAACACAAGGUCUUGGUUGGGGACUAUGAAGAAUUACUGAUACCCCAGGGUACCCACAUGAUAUAAAGAAAUAUUAAUAUACACAUCUAUAGCAUUGUUACCCCUUGCAGUUUUGCCUUGUUUACAUGCUCGAGGUAAAACAUUUUGUAUUGUUAGGUUGAGUUAUAAAGGGUACUUGUACAAUUUUAUAAUUUUUGGGCCAGUAUAUCCUCACUUUUAGUUUACUUUUGUUUUCCUCCUUUGUUACACCCCAAAAAAUGUAUGAAAUAAGAGCAUUUUAGGACGUUGUUGUAGAACUUUGUCAAGUUGUGCUCUACGCCGUUUCGGACCCCAAUUUUGUUAGUCAUUUUCCUUUUAUUGUUCAUUUGAUGCCUUGCCCAACCAUAUAAAUUCAUUCUUUGCCCAAUGGCUGUAAUUUUCAUUCAGGUUUGUAGUUGAUACACUAGAAAUGACAAUAACACCUGGGAAUAACCUCGAA